AUGGGAACCAACAAUUUCCAUGGAAAUUUGCCUCAAGAAAUGACACACUUGCUUCGGCUUAAGUUUCUUGAUUUAAGUUUCAACAACUUCGGAGGGGAGAUUCCUUCUUGGUUUGGGUUUUUACACAGGCUUCAAGUUCUUAAUAUUAGAAACAAUAGUUUCACUGGUUCCAUCCCUUCUUCAUUUUCUAAUAUUUCCACACUUGAGACUUUGAAUCUAGAUUUCAAUUCCAUAGAGGGCCAAAUACCAAAAGUGAUUGGAAACCUUAGAGUAUUAAAAUUGAGGGGUAACACUCUCAUAGGCUCUAUUCCUCUGCCGCUCUCGAAUGCCUCAAGGUUGGAGACUUUACAUAUAUCUUAUAAUUCACUUCAAGGAAACAUUCCAGAAGGGAUCGGCAACCUUCACAACAUGAAAGUUCUAUCCAUACAAGAUAAUCAGCUGACGGGUUCUAUACCUUUCAAAUUUUUCAAUAUUUCUAGAAUCGAAGUCAUUGCAUUUAGUGGCAAUAGCUUAUCAGGAUAUCUUCCCUAUGGUUUAUGCAAUGGUCUCCCAACACUCGAAGGGCUUUAUUUAUGGAAAAACAAGCUUUGCGGUUAUAUGCCUACAAGUUUGUCGAAUUGUUCACAACUUCAAAUUUUGGCUUUACCGGAUAAUGAGUUUGGUGGACCAAUGCAUAGUGAAUUUGGAAGAUUGAGGAUAAUUCCACAAGAAAUUGAAAAUCUUGUUAAUUUGGUAGAGUUAGCUAUGGAGAAAAACCAGAUUACCGGCUCUGUCCCGAUCUCCAUAUUCAAUAUCUCAUUGUUGCAAAUUUUGUCUGUGUGGGAGAACAAUCUUAGUGGAUUCUUACCAUGGGAGAAAAGCAGUCUCAUUGAGUUGGAGGAACUUCGUCUUGCAUUUAAUAGUUUUGGUGGUUCACUCCCAAUGGAGAUCUUCAACAUAUUAGGGUUGAGAGUAAUUGAUCUUACAAACAACAAUCUAUCUGGAAGCCUCCCACCAAACAUGGGUUCUAUCUUACCCAACAUUGAAGAGCUUUAUAUGGGCAACUUAACCAAUCUUGUUGGGAAUAUUCCUCAUUCCAUCUCCAAUUGUUCAAAACUUACUAUUCUAGAGCUUUCAAGCAACAAACUCAUAGGCUUGAUUCCCUACUCACUUGGAUAUUUGACUCAUCUACAGUAUCUAAAUUUAGGGGGAAACAAUUUAACCAGCGACUCAUCAUUAAGCUUCCUAAUUUCCUUAACCAAUUGCAGAAAUUUAACAACUCUAGCUCUAUAUUUGAAUCCUCUAAAUGGCAUGCUUCCUGCCUUCGCGGGGAACCUUUCCACAUCUUUGAGAACAUUUGUUGCCUACAGUUGCAAGAUCAAAGGGAGAAUUCCAAAUGAUUUUAGGAACUUAAGCAGCUUAUUAUACCUUGAUCUUUCAGCAAACAGCUUGGCUGGAUCGAUUCCCAUAACAAUUGGAAACUUGAGAAACCUUCAGCGCUUCAACUUGAGUAACAACAAACUUACAGGAUUUAUUGGUGAUCAUAUAUGUAAAUUGCAGCAUUUGGGUGAUAUUUACUUGGGUCGAAAUCAACUUUCAGGAUCUCUUCCUAACUGUUUAGGGAAUAUUACUAUCCUUAGGGAGAUACAUCUGGGUUCCAAUAAAUUGAGUUCCAAUAUACCACCAAGCUUAGGGAAUAUUCUAGAUCUAGUGGUUCUUGACUUAUCGUCAAACAACAUGGCAGAAAUUGGAGGAUUGCAGAAUCUGGCACACCUUUCUUUGAGACGCAACCAGUUGCAAGGAGCUAUGGUAGGUUUGGAAUUCCUAGAUCUUUCUCAUAACAAUAUAUCUGGAGUCAUUCCUAAGUCUUUGGAGAAACUUCAAAACCUGAAGUAUUUCAAUGUUUCUUUCAAUAAAUUGUAUGGUGAAAUACCCUCGGGAGGUCCUUUAAAGAACCUCUCGAGUCAGUUUUUCAUCUACAAUGAAGCAUUGUGUGGUUCUUCAAGAUUUGGUGUCCCUCCAUGCCCCACUUCAUCAAAGCAUAGAUCUAAUAGGAAAAAAGUGCUUGUUGUUUUUCUUUUGCUGGGAAUUGCACUAGUAUUUGUUCCUAGCAUCUUUGUGUUUUUAUCGAUAAAGCAACUGAUGCGUUUAGCGAUAGUAAUCGGAUUGGUUCCAGAAGUUUUGGCUCUGUUUGCAGUUAAAGUGUUCAAUCUGCAACUAGAUGCGGCAAGAGCUUUGAUACAGAAUGUGAAGUUUUGCGCAGCCUUCGCCAUCGGAUAA